CAAUUUUCAGACGACAAUGCACAGGAUAAAAUAGGGUGAUGCGCGAUACCGAUCAAGUUGCAAUGUCAUAUUACAUGGUUUCACCAGAAUCAAAAGCGAAACUAAACCGAUAGGCUACCCGCUACUACACCUACAGUGAAUAGAUGUGUUGUUCGUCAUUUGAAGUUGUUCGGGGAGGAUGGCAGAAGCCUACGCAUUUGCCCUGCUUGUUGAGUUGGAGAGGAAUCCCAAUAUUCCCAAACUGAAAAACAAGUUGGUAAAAUAUUUCCAAAGUAAAAAGUCUAACGGUGGUGAUUGUCUUGUGGAAUACGAAAAUGGACAAGAAGCAGUAGUGCGGUUCAAAACUGAGGAGGUCAGGCAUAGAGUUCUUGAGAAGCAGGAGCACGAGAUCAGGUUGGAUCGAGGGGUGCUGAAACUGACCAUUCGUCUGCCAUCAGAUGAUGUCCCAAAGAAUGUAAAGGAAACACAGUCUCCUGUCACCUCAGAUGCUACUGACUCAAAAGACUUACCAACGAGUGGGGUUGGAGAUGGACACACUUCCCUUACUGAGCCACAGACAGAGAUGGAGAUUGAACCGAUGGAAGUCGAGGAAAAGCUGGUGUCCACCUCAGCCGUGUUGGGGAACAUUGAGGAGAGCAUGAACAAGGAGUUCCUGGAGAUGCUGAUAGAGAACAUCCUGAGUGCGUAUAACACCUCUGGUUCUGACUCUCCUACUGCAACUCAAACCUUCAGUCUGGAGAUCCUGACACCUGUCCUAGACACCGGCUUGGCUGUGGUGACUUUCCAAAAUGGAAAAGAGACUGAGAACUUCAUCACCAGCUGCACCAGCAACAGGAUGUUCAGACAGAAACAACUAUCUGUUAAACUCCUGGAACUCACCACAAAAGUGAAAGUUGAAAACAUAAAGCCAAAUGUUAGUUCAGACCACCUCCAACUAUUAUUUGGAAAAGGGGGCGAGGAGGUGGAAGACGCUGAAAUGAAUGAAGAGGACCAAUCAGCAAUCCUCACCUUUCAAGAUCCUAAAGCUGUUCACAGAGUCCUAGAGAAACCACAUUACAUCGAGAAGCAGCCUCUCAAGGCUUUCCCCUUCUAUGAUUCUCUGGGAACGGCCUUGUACGGCAAAGACAGACCCACAUUGAAACUCCCUUCUGCCUUCACCGAAAACAUCAACCAGGCAAUUUGGAGAUACCUCUGUGACAACCAGGAAGCUGCAGAGACCAUCCACAAGGAAAUGAGCAAACACUUCUGCAAUGUAGACUUCCAACAACCUACCAUCAAGUUAAGCCCACUGCCAUCUCUACUCAAACAGAAGGGUGUGAAACCCAAGCACUUACAACAAUGGAAGGACACCACCAAAGUUGCCUUAAUCCAAGCCUUGUCUAACUUUAAAUCAUUGGAGCUCCAGGUUCAGGACACUGCAUGGGAAGAGUCUGAAGGGGAGAUCCUCAAGGCAGUGUCUGGGGAGGCCGUGAUGGUAGUCCAUGAAGAGAACAGAGGGGUUCUGGCAGUGGUAGGAUUGGUAGAAGAUGUGGACCGGCUCAGGCAGACACUGGAUGGGAUCAUGGACAGGAUUUCUAGAAGAAUCAAGAGGGAGAAGAUGAGCAUAACAGAGGAGUUCCCUCUGGUUCCAUCAAUCUACCAGGUACUGUUGCAUGGCGGCCUGCUGGACAAGAUUGUUGGUGAAUUCCCAGAGUUGAAGCUGACGUAUAAUCAAGAGAGCCAGAGUGUGACCAUCUUUGGGUUGAUGCAAGAGGUGUUGUGUGCUAACAGAAAGCUUGCAGGUGAAGUAGUAGCCCUGAAACAAAAGCUGGUGGAAUUGGAUGACUACGUCCUUGAGUUCCUGCAGGAAGAAAAUCAGGAAAAGGUAACCAGUUCCCUUCUGACCUUACAGCGCAUCAAUGCAGCACUAAAAAUAGAGAGAAAAGGAGUGCAGCUUCUGGCUGUCUCUGAGGAGGCCCUGUGCGAAGCAGAACAUCAACUGUGUACGCUUUUGAUUUCUCAAUACAUAGAUGUAGAAGACUCCAAUCUCCUGAGGAUGUCCGAGUGGAAGGAUAUUGCCAAACGUUUGGAGGAAGCUUCAAACACUCCUUUCAGGAAAGUUAUGGUCCAGACUGGUGACUAUUCAGGACAACAAGUGGUAGUGUCUGGCUACAAGGAAACUGUUCUCUUAGUUUGUAAUGAAUUGGAUGAUUUCUUACACCAAAAUGCUCAUGUUGAUGAAACUAUCGAAGUUAAGCCUGAGGCUAUUGUUAAAUUUAUCCAGGAACAACACAGGGAUGCUUGGUCUGAUAAAGUCAGAGAUAGUGGAGUUAAAGUUUCUUUCAAGGAUGAGGCUAUUUACCUGAGUGGCACCAGAGUUCACGUAACAGAUUGCAAGGCAUUAUUCGAAAACUUGUUAUCCUCCACAUUCUUUGACGCCUUGAGAAUCUCCAAGCCUGGAGCAAAGAAGUUCUUCCAGGACAAUGAGCCCAUGUAUGUUGACACAGUCAUGAAUCAGACAGGCUGUGUGGUCCAGCUGAUUGAAGAAGAGUAUGAUGGCAAUGGCGGACAAGGCAUAAAGCUAGCAGGAGGAGGAAUGAAACCUACCUACCAGCUUCAAACACCAGAUGGGGUGGAGAUAGCCGUUUGCAAAGCAGACAUGUGCAAAUAUUCUGUACACGCUGUUGUCAAUGCCGCUGCACUGGACCUGAAGCACAGUGGAGGUCUUGCAGGAGCUCUUCUGGAUACUGCUGGCCCUCAACUGCAGGAUGAGUGCAACCAGAUCAUCAAGAACAAGGGUCAGCUCAAGCCAGGGGACUGUGUCAUCACUGUUGCAGGAGGGAAGCUCCGCUGCAAGCACAUCAUUCAUGCAGUGGGACCCAGGUUUGACCAGGCAAACCCCCAGAAGGCCAUAGGACAGUUGAGGAGGGCGGUGAAAGGGAGUCUGGAUCUAGCAGAGACCCACAACUGCCUGUAUGUGGCGCUUCCUGCUAUUAGCUCCGGGAAUCUAGGCUUUCCUCUGACCCUGUGUGCAGACACCAUCGUCAAAGCUGUUAAAGAACACUGUGAUGACAAGUUUGGGGAGAACACUCUGAAGAAGAUCCAUCUGGUGAACAAUGAUGACAAGACAGUCCAGGCUAUGGAGGCAGCAGUGCAGAAGGUGUUUGGGAGCCAUGGGACUAGUCAUCCACGAGAGAAUCGACCCACCAUAGCUACACACAGCCAGCCUGGUAAUCGGGUUCAACGCACAAGUGGUUCAAGUGUGCAGACAAAAGAGGGGCUGGCUAUUACCCUGACGAAAGGGAAUAUCCAAGAUGCUGUGACAGAAGUUGUGGUCAAUACCGUGGGUGAUGACCUAGCACUUAACCAUGGUGCAGUCUCCAAGGCCAUCCUCGCCGCUGCUGGCCCCCAACUUCAGACUCUGGUAAACCAACAGGGCACAGCCGGAAGGCCUGGGGAAGUCAUUGUCACCACUGGCUGCAACCUGAAGAGCAAGCAGGUGUUUCAUACCAUCGCCCCUCACUGGGACAAUGGACAAGGAGCACCACAGAAGAUAUUGAGUGGGAUCACGAAAGAGUGCUUGGGUGAGGCAGAGCAUCAGGGACUCAUCUCGAUCACCUUCCCUGCCAUCGGCACGGGAAACCUGGGCUUCCCCAAAGACCUGGUGGCCUCUCUGAUGCUGGAUGAAGUCCUCAAGUUUAGCAGUAAGAGGAACCCCAAGCACCUGAAGGAGGUUGUCUUCAUCCUCCACCCAGGUGAUGCACCGACGAUCCAGGCAUUCACUGAUGAAUUUAACAAAAGGUUCACAACCCAGUCGGGAACGUCAAGGGGCUCAGCAGCAUCCAGUCAACAGAGUAAAGGCCCUUUCUCUAAAAUCACUUCAAGCUCAGGGAUGCACGAGACGAAGAUGGGAGCGGUGCUUAUACAGGUAAUCACAGGAGACAUCACCAAGGAGACCACUGAUGUCAUCGUCAACUCCUCCAAUAACACCUUCAAUCUCCAGUCAGGGGUAUCUAAGGCCAUUCUGGAUGUGGCUGGUCAGACUGUGGUAGCUGAAUGCCAACAACUCGGAGCCCAGCCUAACAAUGGAGUGAUACUUACCCAGCCGGGCAACAUGCAGUGUAAGAAGAUCAUUCACCUGGUUGGUCAGACGGACCCAAAGAAGAUCCAGGAGUCGGUCAAAGGAGCACUGCAAAUGUGUGCACAGAAUAACCUCACAUCCAUCUCCUUCCCUGCUCUCGGCACAGGUCAGGGCAAUGUACAGGCGGGCCAGGUAGCUGACGCAAUGUUGGAUGCUGUUGUGGAGGUGGUGGGUCAGAAGUCCCAAAACACACUGCAGCUGGUCAGGAUGGUCAUCUUCCAGCCUGCCAUGCUCACAGAGUUCCACAAAUCUAUGGUGAAGAAAGAGGGCACAGACGUUGACACUCAAAAGAAGGGGAGCAUCUGGGGAAAAAUUAAAUUGUCCAAUAUUGGUACAGCAUUUUUAACCUGGAGUAAAGCUGACAUGCAACAAAAGGAUGAGGAUUUUGUCAUCGAGGGCCAGCAAGUAGAUCCAGCUUUCUUCCAUAUCUGCGGUGGCUCUCAGGCCAGAGUGGACCAUGCCAAGCGUUGGAUCAAGGACCUGAUCCUGAAGGAGCAAGUCAGCAACAGCAUCACCGAUGACGCCAUCUUCAACUUGUCUGACUCUGACCGUAAGUGCAUCCACGACAUGCAGACCACCAUGGGAGUGAGUGUGAGGAUAGAAUACAAUUCUUCCAGGGAGGAAGCUAUGCUCACGAUCGAGGGCCUUAGCAAGGAUGUCCUCAAUGCAGUCAACGAGAUCCAGGAGAUGCUGAGGAAGGCCAGGGACAAAGAGACCUUCAACAGGAACGUGGAAGUGGCCAGCAACAUGGUGGAGUGGCAGUAUCAGCAGCAGCCAGGGGGGCAGUACCAGAGCUUUGACCCCAUCCCCAACUUCCAUCUGGAGCAGGCGCUGGGGAGGAAGUUGCCCCACGUAGAGGUCUCUUUCCAGAGGCAGAUGUACAAGGUCACCCUUCCUGACGGGCCUGCUACAGAUACCCAUGGCAACAGCCUCAAAAUUAGACGCAUCGACAAGUCUGCAGCUCAACCCAUUGACAGUCUCCCUCAACAUUGGGAUGCUAUGCCAGCAAACACGUCAUGCCAUUCCUGCCUCAUUCAGCCAGGAAGCCCAGAGCACAAUGAAGUCUUAAACUUGUUCCGAGCCACCUGUCCCAACAUCGUUUUAAAGAUUGAGAGGAUCCAGAACCCAAGCCUGUGGAGGAACCUCCAGAUCAAGAAGGAUGAAAUGGAGCUCCGGAACGGUCAUAAGAAUAACGAGAAGAGGCUCUUCCAUGGAAUGUGCCACACAACCAUCAAUCACAUCAACCACCAUGGCUUCAAUCGGAGCUAUGCUGGGAAAAAUGCUGCAAUGUAUGGAAAUGGCACAUAUUUUGCCGUUUCUGCCAGAUAUUCUGCCAGUAACACAUACUCAAGACCAGAUCCACAAGGACAGAAGUAUAUUUUUCUCUGCCGAGUUCUGACUGGAGAUUUCACAACAGGACGACAGGGGAUGAUAGUGCCUCCAGCUAAAAACACAACAUCUGCUCAACUCUACGACAGCGUGACAGACAACCUAUCAGGGCCAUCCAUGUUCGUUGUAUUCAACGACAUUCAGGCAUAUCCUGAGUACUUGAUCACUUUCCGCUAGACCACAGAGAUAAAAGCAAUGCAAUGAACACUCGUUCUUUUUAUCUGCUGUGUAAAGUUUUUAUAAAUUGCUUUAUAAAUUGUCAUUUAUAAUGUUUCUUGGAAAACUGAAAAUGAUUGUUACUUUUGCAUGAAAAAGUGUAACUAUUACAGGUUGGUUGUAUAAGUUUGCUAAAGGACUGUAAUUUUAUAAUCUACAAUUGAUAUGUCCUUUUUUUUUACAAUCUCAAUGGCCACUGUGCUUUGUACAGGUUGUACUUAGGGGUUGGGGGACUUCCUGUGAAUGUACAUCCUUGUUCACUGUCUCAUUGGAAGAACAACUGAAAAAAGACAAAGUACUAUGCAUGGCUUGUUUUGGAUUGUAGUUCAGUGUUGCCAAGUUGAUUGUAAACUAUGGUCAAUGUCUGAUAAGCACAUACAUUUAUAUGACGUGAGUUAAUGGAUAGAGAAUAAGGCUCUACGAAAGUCCCUGACGUGUGCUGAUAAAUCAUGUGACACCAAGUGAUAGCAAGUGGAUGUGUGUGUUUAUGAAAUGGCCUUUCAAUCAGUUUGCUUGUGCGUAGGAAAGUAAAAAAUAAUGAAUAUUUUCCAGCUAUCAGAUUGGCAAAUGUGUAUGUGUAUAUAUAUAUAUAUAUAUAUAUAUAUAUAUAUACACACACUGCACAGAAAUAUAAACGCUACACGUAAAGUGUUUCAUGAGCUGAAAUAAAACUAAAUCUGACAUUUCCCAUAUGCACAAGAAGCUUAUUUCUUUCAAAUGUUGUGCACAAAUUUCUUUACAUCCCCGUCAGUGAGCAUUUCUCCUUUGCCAAGAUACUUUUGUGUAUAUAUAGUGUAUGUGGACACCCCUUCAAAUGAGUGGAUUCAGAUAUUUCAGCUACACCCGUUGCUGACAGGUGUAUAAAAUCGAGCACACAACUAUGCAAUCUCCAGAGAAACAUUGGCAGUAGAAUUGCCUUACUGAAGAGCUCAGUGACUUUCAACGUGGAACCGUCAUAGGAUGCCACCUUUCCAACAAGUCAGUGCUGUUAUUGUGAAGUGGAAACGUCUAGGAGUAACGGCUGUAAUGCAUAAAAUUCACAGACUUGUUUCAAAACAUCACCUGCCAUGUCACUGAUGCGUCGUGAAACAGUGUAGUUUGAUGAAGGCAUUGUCUAUAGUUUUUUGGGCCUUUUCCCCCAACAUUGUCCCAGCCAUAUCCGUGGCAGCAGGAAGAAUUAAGUCCUCCACAAUAGAAUGGGGCUUGCCUGUCCUAGCCACUCGGUAGCUCACAUUAUACAGUGGGGCAAAAAAGUAUUUAGUCAGCCACCAAUUGUGCAAGUUCUCCCACUAUGACAGACAAAAUGAGAAAAAAUUCCAGAAAAUCACAUUGUAGGAUUUUUAAUGAAUUUAUUAGCAAAUUAUGGUGGAAAAUACGUAUUUGGUCAAUAACAAAAGUUUCUCAAUUCUUUGUUAUAUAUCCUUUGUUGGCAAUGACAGAGGUCAAACGUUUUCUGUAAGUCUUCACAAGGUUUUCACACACUGUUGCUGGUAUUUUGGCCCAUUCCUCUAUGCAGAUCUCCUUUAGAGCAGUGAUGUUUGUUUCUAAAUGUCUGCGCAAGAGUGAAGGUUUCAUCAAGUUCUGAGAGAGUACUUUUGCACAUAUAACACAAUGUGGCUGAGGAAAGGCACUACUCCAAAACAAGUGAACCCCAAAUGAAUGUAGUUAUCAUAUUCGCGCCUCUUCGAUGGUCCAACGUCCCUGUCUGUUGUUCCGGUGCUUUCCCGGGUAAGGGGGCAGUAGCUCUUCGGCUGCAUCAGAUUCACAACUGUCAGUGUCCAUGCUAGCUGGGCUAACAACAAAUGUAGAAUUACUGACGCUAGCAUUGGAUGUGCCCGUGAAAGCAGAACAGCUUGUGUUGUCGACAGGUGCAGGUGUAGUACUGCUGGUAGUAGCAAUUGAACUUGUCGAUGAAUAGAAUUACAUGUAGAGCAAGUGGGGAAAAAAUUAUACUUAGCAUCAUGUUGUAGCUUUAUCAUGGUUAGAACACAUAGAUAAUAUUGUUAUUAAAAUUGGUAAGGGAAUUGCUGCUAGAAGAAAAUGUUCAGUGUAUGUAACAUCUAGCACUCUUAAUCAGGUGAUUUAAUCCCUGGUCCUAUCACACUUAGAGUACUGUCCGGUUAUAUGGUCAUCUGCAGCAAAGAAAGAUAUUGAAAAACAAACUCAAUGGCUCAAAACAGGGCUGCCAGAUUAUCUCUUCAUUGCUCUAACCAAAUUAAUAUUAUUAAAAUGCAUCAGAAUCUCUCACGUCUUCACGUUAAAAACGAAUUACUAUCUACCGUAAUUGCUGGACUAUUAAGCGCACCUGAAUAUAAACCGCACCCACUGAAUUAUAAAAAAAUAUAUAUUUUGUACAUAAAUAAGCCGCACAUGUCUAUAAGCCGCAGGUGCCUACCGGUACAUUGAAACAAAUUAACUUUACACAGCGUUUAAACGAAACACGGCUUGUAACAAAAAUAAAUAGGCUUUAACGAAACACGGCUUGUAACAAAAAUUAAACAGUAGCCUACCAAGAAAGUAAUUGGUCACUAUCUUCCUCCUCCUGUGCACUGAAACCACUGAAGUCAUCUCCUUCGGUGUCGUAGUUGAAUAGCCUCAGAAUUGCUUCAUCCGAAGUUGGAUCGCUGCCCUCUUCAACACGCAGCAGUCCAGCCUUUCGCAACCCGUUGAUGAUAGUGGAUUUUUUGACAAUGCUCCAUGCUGUCAGCAGCUCCAUUUCCUUUUCCAACAGCCAGAUCGAUCGCCUUCAACUUGAAAGCUUCAUCAUAUGCAUUUCUCCGUAUCUUUUCCAUGAUGAGGGUGACAAAAUGACUACCGUAAUCAGAAUGAUGGGCGCGCUCACAUGAAAGCGGGAAAAAUCCAUAAAUUAGCCGAGUCACUGUAUAAACCGCGUGGGAAAAAAGUAGCGGCUUAUAGUCCGGAAAUUACGGUAGUCUUUUGAUUUUCUUUAGGAAUGUUAUAUUUUUCGAAAAACCACAUUAUUUUUCAGUCCAAUUAGUACCUACUAGCAACACACAUAACCACCAAACCAGACAGGCACAUUCAGGGCAGCUAAAACAACUCAAGCCAAGGACAAAUCGCUUAUAAUUAAAAAUAGUACUAUAGCUGAAUGGAACUGUUUACCAAUCCAUAUUUCUCAGGCAAAAAGUAAAUCAACCUUCAAGAAAAAAAACAUCUAAUGUGAUAGACCGUAUGACUGGACAGCAAAUAGAAAGUAGAAAGUAUCAACUGAAUGUUAAGUGUUUCCUGUCAGGUAUUCUAAUUAUCUGUAUUGUCUACUUGUUGAAUGUUUGAAGUCUUGAUAGUGGUUGUUUGUAUUUUCUUGUUAACUGCUGUUGGACCCCAGGAAGAUUAGCUAGCGUUAUGUCGUCAGCUAAUGGGAAUCCUAAUAAAAAUGACAAAACAUUACUACCAGUAGAGCUAGUAUGUGUCUUUAAAAUCCAUUUUCGAGGAAACGAAAUUAGCAGUAGCUACGUUUGGCUACAUAAGCACUGUUAGUGGAAUUCCCGCGAGAGAUUAACUAUUAAUGUGAUUGGAUGUUAAUUAUUUGACUAGUCUACCUGUAUUUGACAUUGUUGUUAUUUUGUUGAACACUAGGAUGGUUUAAUUUGAUUUUUGGCAGUGAAAAAAGGCUGCUCA